CUGGGGCCCACCGAGCUUUGCUGUCCCCAUGUGUCCAGUGAGGGGGAACAAGGUCGAGGACCGUUGGCUGGAGGGAUGCACGAAGUGAGAAACGCUGAUGGAUUCAACCACAGCGACGGCGGAGCUCGGCUGGAUCGUGCAUCCUCCAUCAGGGUGGGAAGAGGUGAGUGGCUACGAUGAGAACAUGAACACGAUCCGCACCUACCAGGUUUGCAAUGUAUUUGAAUCGAGCCAGAACAACUGGCUACGGACCAAGUUCAUCCGGCGCCGCGGUGCCCACCGCAUCCACGUGGAGAUGAAGUUCUCGGUGCGGGACUGCAGCAGCAUCCCCAGUGUGCCCGGCUCCUGCAAGGAGACCUUCAACCUCUAUUACUAUGAGGCCGACUUUGACUCGGCCACCAAGACCUUCCCCAACUGGAUGGAGAAUCCGUGGGUGAAGGUGGACACCAUCGCGGCCGACGAGAGCUUCUCCCAGGUGGACCUGGGUGGCCGCGUCAUGAAGAUCAACACCGAGGUGAGGAGCUUCGGGCCCGUGUCCCGCAGCGGCUUCUACCUGGCCUUCCAGGACUAUGGCGGCUGCAUGUCCCUCAUCGCUGUGCGCGUCUUCUACCGCAAGUGCCCCCGCAUCAUCCAGAACGGCGCCAUCUUCCAGGAGACGCUGUCAGGGGCCGAGAGCACUUCGCUGGUGGCCGCCCGGGGCAGCUGCAUCGCCAAUGCUGAGGAGGUGGACGUGCCCAUCAAACUCUACUGUAACGGGGACGGCGAGUGGCUGGUGCCCAUCGGGCGCUGCAUGUGCAAAGCGGGCUUCGAGGCCGUGGAGAAUGGCACCGUCUGCCGAGGUUGCCCAUCUGGAACCUUCAAGGCCAACCAAGGGGACGAGGCCUGCACCCACUGCCCCAUCAACAGCCGGACCACUUCGGAAGGGGCCACCAACUGUGUCUGCCGCAACGGCUACUACCGAGCAGACCUGGACCCGCUGGACAUGCCCUGCACAACCAUCCCCUCUGCACCCCAGGCCGUGAUCUCCAGCGUCAACGAGACCUCACUCAUGUUAGAGUGGACCCCGCCCCGCGACUCCGGAGGCCGGGAGGAUCUCGUCUAUAACAUCAUCUGCAAGAGCUGUGGCUCCGGCCGGGGCGCCUGCACCCGCUGUGGGGACAACGUGCAGUAUGCACCCCGCCAGCUGGGCCUGACGGAGCCCCGCAUCUACAUCAGCGACCUGCUGGCCCACACCCAGUACACCUUCGAGAUCCAGGCCGUGAACGGCGUCACCGACCAGAGCCCCUUCUCCCCUCAGUUCGCCUCCGUGAACAUCACCACCAACCAAGCAGCUCCGUCGGCUGUGUCCAUCAUGCACCAGGUGAGCCGCACCGUGGACAGCAUCACCCUGUCGUGGUCCCAGCCUGACCAGCCCAACGGCGUCAUCCUGGACUAUGAGCUGCAGUACUACGAGAAGGAGCUCAGUGAGUACAACGCCACGGCCAUAAAGAGCCCCACCAACACAGUCACUGUGCAGGGCCUCAAAGCCGGCGCCAUCUAUGUCUUCCAGGUGCGGGCACGCACCGUGGCGGGCUAUGGGCGCUACAGUGGCAAGAUGUACUUCCAGACCAUGACAGAAGCCGAGUACCAGACCAGCAUCCAGGAGAAGCUGCCACUCAUCGUCGGCUCCUCGGCGGCUGCCCUGGUCUUCCUCAUCGCCGUGGUUGUCAUCGCCAUCGUGUGUAACAGAAGACGGGGGUUUGAGCGUGCUGACUCGGAAUACACGGACAAGCUGCAGCACUACACCAGUGGCCACAUGACCCCAGGCAUGAAGAUCUACAUCGACCCGUUCACCUACGAGGACCCCAAUGAGGCAGUGCGGGAGUUUGCCAAGGAAAUCGACAUCUCCUGUGUCAAAAUUGAGCAGGUGAUCGGAGCAGGGGAGUUUGGUGAGGUGUGCAGUGGCCACCUGAAACUGCCAGGCAAGAGAGAGAUCUUUGUAGCCAUCAAGACGCUCAAGUCGGGCUAUACUGAGAAGCAGCGCCGGGACUUCCUGAGCGAGGCCUCCAUCAUGGGCCAGUUCGACCACCCCAACGUCAUUCACCUGGAGGGUGUUGUCACCAAGAGCACGCCCGUGAUGAUCAUCACUGAGUUCAUGGAGAAUGGCUCCCUGGACUCCUUCCUCCGGCAAAACGACGGGCAGUUCACAGUCAUCCAGCUGGUGGGCAUGCUGCGGGGCAUCGCGGCCGGCAUGAAGUACCUGGCGGACAUGAACUACGUCCACCGCGACCUGGCCGCCCGCAACAUCCUCGUCAACAGCAACCUGGUCUGCAAGGUGUCCGACUUCGGCCUCUCACGCUUUCUGGAGGAUGAUACCUCAGACCCCACCUACACCAGCGCCCUGGGUGGGAAGAUCCCCAUCCGCUGGACAGCCCCAGAAGCCAUCCAGUACCGGAAGUUCACCUCAGCCAGCGACGUGUGGAGCUAUGGCAUCGUCAUGUGGGAGGUGAUGUCGUACGGGGAGCGGCCCUACUGGGACAUGACCAACCAGGACGUAAUCAAUGCCAUAGAGCAGGACUACCGGCUGCCACCGCCCAUGGACUGCCCAAGCGCCCUGCACCAGCUCAUGCUGGACUGCUGGCAGAAGGACCGCAACCACCGGCCCAAGUUUGGUCAGAUCGUCAACACGCUGGACAAGAUGAUCCGCAACCCCAACAGCCUCAAAGCCAUGGCGCCCCUCUCUUCUGGGGACAUUCUCCGGGUUGGGGUCACCUUGGCCGGCCACCAGAAAAAAAUCCUGAACAGUAUCCAGGUGAUGCGGGCACAGAUGAACCAGAUCCAGUCUGUGGAGGUUUGACGUUCGCCUGCCUCGGCUCACCUCUUCCUCCAGGCCCUGCCCCCUCCACCCCACAUGCUGGCCUCCCUGGUUCUCUGUCUACCGAAGGGUCAGCCACCUGCCAGGAGGCCACGGCAACAGGAAGAACCAAGCAGCCCGCCAGCCAUGAGACGUCACCAAGAGCACGUGCAACUCAGAUGAUGGGAAAAAAGGGAACAGGGACAAAAGAAAACAGAUCCUGGGAGGGGGCGGGAAAUACAAGGAAUAUUUUUUAAAGAGGAUUCUCAUAAGGAAAGCGAUCAUUGUUCUUGGGGGAAAAGAAAAAGGGCUUGGGAGAUUCAUGCGACGGUCCAAUUGGAGCUCAAAAGCAGUUUCUCUCCAACUCCCUCUGGGAAGGCGACCUGGCCGGAGCCAAGAAACACUUUCAGGAAAACAAAUGUGAAAGGGAGAGACCAGGGUCACUCUUCUCUCCCGCCCCCAGGCUGCUCUUCCAGGCCUCGCUCAACAGCCACGUGCCAGGAGGACAGACGGGCAGCCACCUGGGAGCCACUCCGGGAAUAUCCAUUCCUACUGCCACUGGGCAAACAGAAGAAUCCUUCUGUCUUUGGAGAAUAUUUUAGAAACUCCAAUGAAAAAGACGUGUUUCUCCGCUUGGCUUAUGGGGCUGAAAAGGGACUCUUGUCUUCCUGGGUCAGGGAGAACACAGGGACCCGGGAAGGUCAGCCGCCCUGAGGCUGCCACCCCCCAGGUCUGCAGCUCCACGUCCAUUAUCACGUGCACAGCCGGCCGCCCGGCCCACCGGGCGCCCACUCCCGACAGCCCCCACAUGGAGGACUGGUGCUGCAGUGACCACCAUCAGCUACAACUGCCACUGAGGACGGUUGUGCCUGCGUCUGGGUUUGUUUACAGCGAUUCGUGGACUGGGGGGCAUAUUUUGGUCAGGGGUGAGUUUGGUUUAGGGGUUUGUUUGUUGGUUGUUGUUUUGUUUUUUUUUAAUGACAAUGAAGUGACACUUUGACAUUUCC